GUUAUGCUUUUAUGAUCCUUUCUUCUUCUUCUUCUUCUUUAACUUACUUUACAUAUAUAUAUUUUUUUUAGUUUAUCUGUAUUCUCUUCUAUCUUCCUCGAUCUCCGCCGAUUCCAUCGUCUUAAUUUUGUCUUUCCCUUUCUCUUCUGUUACCCAACAACAACAAAAAAAAAAAAAGCAAACCUUUUCUUCUUCUUCUUCUUCUUCCUCAAUGCCUCCUUAAAACCCUAGAUCAAAAUUCUUAAAGGCGGCUGCUUUAAGCUCAAGUUUUGAUUAUUUUUUUUUCUCACUGAAAAGAUGAUGACUUCUCAUCUGGGUAUCCUCUGUUUCUUCAUAUCUUUACUGGGUUUUCUCAAUUUCUCAGUUUCUCAGAAUGGUGUCGAUGAUUCGACUAUGCAAGCACUCAAAUCGAGUCUGAAUCUCACAUCAGACGUCGAUUGGUCUAACCCUAACCCUUGUAAAUGGGUUUCUGUUGAAUGCGAUGGGAGUAACCGUGUCACUAAGAUUCAGCUUAAACAAAAAGGCAUCCUUGGUACUCUUCCUCCUGAUCUUCAGAACCUCUCUGAAUUGGUUAUUCUCGAGCUCUUCCUCAAUCGAAUCUCUGGUCCCAUUCCUGAUCUCUCCGGUCUCUCUCGUUUACAGACGCUUAACCUACACGACAAUCUCUUUACUUCCGUUCCUAAGAACCUCUUCGCCGGUAUGAACUCUCUUCAAGAAGUGUAUCUCGAGAACAAUCCCUUGUUGGAUCCUUGGCAAAUUCCGGAUACCAUUAAAGAAGCUACAUCUCUCCAGAAUCUUACACUCUCCAACUGCAGCAUUUUUGGGGAGAUCCCAGAUUUCUUCGGUUCUCGGUCACUUCCAAGCUUGACGAAUCUUAAAUUGUCUCAGAACCGUUUACAGGGAGGGUUACCGCUGAGUUUUGCUGGUACUUCGCUUCAGUCUCUGUUCUUGAAUGGUCAAAUGAGUGAUUCGAAGCUUAACGGAUCCAUCUCGAUAUUGAGUAACAUGACUUCGCUCGUUGAGGUUUCUCUUCAAGGAAAUGACUUCUCAGGUCCAAUUCCUGAUCUCUCUGGUUUACUAUCUCUCCGUUCGUUUAAUGUUAGAGAGAAUCAGCUUACUGGUGUUGUUCCUCAGUCUUUGGUUCGUAUGAAUACGCUUGUUAGUGUGAAUUUAACCAAUAACUUGUUUCAAGGACCUACUCCGUUAUUUGGCAAAUCCGUUGGUGUUGAUAUAUUCAACAAGACGAAUAGUUUUUGUACUGAUGCACCUGGUGUUCAGUGUGAUCAUCGUGUCGAGAUUUUGCUCUCUGUAGCUGAAUCAUUUGGAUAUCCAGUGAAGCUUGCCGAUAGUUGGAAAGGAAACGAUCCGUGUGUUAAUUGGGUUGGGAUUACUUGUUCUGGAAGUAACAUUACGGUGGUUAAUCUUAGGAAACAGGAACUAUCUGGUACAAUUUCUCCGAGUUUAGCCAAUCUUACUUCAUUGGAGACCAUCAAUCUUUCUGAUAAUGAUCUCUCCGGGCCUAUACCAGCUGAGCUUACAACGUUGCCUAAGCUUAGGACACUUGAUGUGUCUAACAACGAUAUCUAUGGAAAACCGCCAACGUUUAGGGAGACUGUGAAUCUGGUGAUUGAAGGGAAUGCUAACAUCGGCAAGGAUGGACCUAGCAGACCGAGUGGUUCUUCUGGAGCUUCACCAGGAGGUAAUAAACCUUCAGGAGGAAGUGGUGGAGGAAGUGGUGGCAGUGAAGCUUCUAAGAAAUCAAGCAAUGUCAAGAUUAUUGUUCCUGUGGUCGGUGGAGUUGUUGGUGCAUUGUGUCUGGUUGGGCUCGGCGUGUGUCUCUACGCGAAGAAAAGGAAGCGACCCGCUAGAGUUCAGAGUCCAACCAGCAACAUGGUGAUUCAUCCGCAUCAUUCGGGUGACAACGAUGACAUUAAACUCACUGUUGCAGCUUCUAGUCUUAACAGCGGCGGAGGAAGUGAUAGCUACAGUCACAGUGGAAGUGGGGGGAGUGAUAUUCACGUUGUGGAAGCUGGGAACUUGGUUAUAUCGAUACAGGUUUUGAGGAAUGUGACGAAUAACUUCAGCGAAGAGAAUAUUCUUGGGAGAGGUGGUUUUGGGACAGUUUACAAAGGUGAACUCCACGAUGGAACAAAAAUAGCUGUAAAAAGAAUGGAGUCUUCGGUUGUGAGUGACAAGGGACUUGCUGAGUUUAAAUCUGAGAUCACUGUUCUGACUAAAAUGCGUCAUCGUCAUCUCGUUGCGCUUCUCGGGUACUGCCUUGAUGGGAAUGAGAGGCUUCUUGUCUAUGAAUACAUGCCGCAGGGGACACUGAGUGAGCAUUUGUUUCAUUGGAAAGAGCAAGGGCUAAAACCUCUAGACUGGACUAGACGCCUGGCGAUUGCAUUGGAUGUAGCUCGAGGUGUUGAGUAUCUGCACACACUUGCGCAUCAGAGCUUCAUCCAUAGGGACCUAAAGCCAUCAAACAUCCUUCUUGGUGAUGAUAUGCGCGCUAAAGUCUCUGACUUUGGGUUAGUCCGUUUAGCUCCUGAUGGCAAAUACUCUAUCGAGACGCGAGUCGCUGGGACUUUCGGAUAUCUUGCCCCAGAAUACGCAGUGACGGGAAGAGUGACGACGAAAGUAGACAUUUUUAGCCUUGGGGUGAUACUUAUGGAGCUAAUCACUGGUCGUAAAGCCCUGGACGAGACACAACCCGAAGACAGCGUCCAUCUAGUCACAUGGUUCCGUCGAAUAGCAGCCAGCAAGGAAGAAAAUGCCUUCAAAAACGCAAUCGACCCAAACAUCAGCUUAGAUGACGAUACUGUAGCCAGUAUUGAAAAAGUCUGGGAGCUUGCUGGUCAUUGCUGUGCCCGUGAGCCUUACCAAAGACCAGACAUGGCUCACAUUGUCAACGUUCUUUCUUCACUCACCGUCCAAUGGAAACCCACUGAGACUGACCCCGAUGACGUCUAUGGGAUAGACUACGAUAUGCCACUUCCACAGGUGCUCAAGAAAUGGCAAGCUUUCGAAGGACUUAGCCAGACUGCGGAUGACUCGGGAUCUUCCUCUUCGGUUUAUGGAAGCAAGGACAAUACGCAGACAAGUAUCCCAACUCGUCCAUCUGGAUUUGCUGAUUCGUUCACUUCUGUGGAUGGACGUUGAAGAAGUCAAGAUUGCGUUUUCCGAUUACCUUGGAACUGUUAAAGACGUUUUAGUAGAAGAAGCAUUGUGUGAUAAAUCUCUCUCUCUCUCUCUUUUUUUGUCUUCUUUUAUUUUCUCUGAAGCAUUUACUUAUGACUUCGUUUUUAUUUACUGCAAGCUUUUGGUUAGUGUAUCUAUUUAUCUACUUUGUAGUGUUUAUGCAAAAGAUAACGAUCUUUGAGAGGCCUCCUCUUACAUAGAAGUAUCUUUUGAGUGUCUUA